AUGGGCAUGUCCAGGGCGCCACUGGGCAUGCGUGUGCUACCGAGUACAGGCUCAGUCUUGGUCAAGGGGGUGCACGAGCUUGUCCAGGGAGGUGAGAGGAAGACGUUUGACAUGGUGGUGCGGUCCAAGGAUGGCCAGAGGAAUCCGAGUACCACCACCACCGCGUGGACCAACGUCCAAGAGCCCAUCACUAAGUACAUGAAGAAAUCUCCUGCCGUUGGUCCUGCAACACCAGAUCCACCAAGUGCCUCCCACGCCACUCCCCAACCAUCUCCUCCUCAGACGGAGCAAUCUCCCCCUCCUGCCACGGCAACUCCACCGGAAAUAAUCCCAGUUAGCAGUGAGAAGGUGGGCGGAGAAAGCUCCGGAGGCAAAGGUCCUGCCCGUGACGAGGCUGAAGUUCAAGGCCGAGAGGAGGCGGAAGUCAACUCCUCGGGGAAAGCUGAGGCUGCGGCGAGUGAUAUCGUCGUUUUUCCGAAGAAUUUUGGAGAUCCGGCUGAUCUUACCUCCACCCCUAAGGCCUAUGCAACCAAAUUUUUCAACAAGCUCACGGAGGCAGAAAAAUGGGAGCUUGAGCAAGAUCUGCUCAAUUCCAUGUUGGAUAAUGCCUGGGGCAAGCCUGAUGCCGAGUCCUCGGAAAUCCAGGACUUUAAGAAGGAAGUUGGCCAAUUCCUCGACAAACUCCUCUGCAAGCACAAGCGCCACGUUACCUUGAGCCAAGCGGAGAAAAUUCAGCUGUUCAAGCAAGAGAAUGCGGACCUGAAGAAGCAGCUGUCGGACGCCCAAGGUGCAUCCACUUCCCUUGCCGCCGCCUCCUCCGAGCUCGAAACUCUGCGCUCUUCCCAGAAAGACCUAGAAGCGAACCUCGCAGAGGCGGAGAAAAAGCUAGCGGAGAAGAGCUCGGAACUCAUCCGAAAGGAGGGUGAAUUCCAGUUGAAAAGAAAAGCUGAUAGUGAAACCAUCCAAAGGCAACAGAAAGAGCUUGGCGGACUCCGGAAGUACAUGGAGACAUCGGAGCAGCACUGGGACUUUCUCAACACAGACGUUAUGGCCGACGAACCUCUUGAAGCAGAGCUCCAUAAGAAGCGCGAGGCGGAAGCGCGACCUGCUCAAUCCGAAAGCCAAUACACCUGGACCAGUUCCAAGGACAAGGGUGGCGAAGCAUCUCCGGCUGAAGAUGAUGAAGAGAGUGAUGAUGAUGUCUCCUCUCCAGCCAAGGGCGUAGAAGAAGAUGAUCCGAAGGUUGAUGACAAGGGCGAAACUUCUCCGGCUAAGGAGAAGUGA